UGACCCUGGAGUUAGAGAGAGAGUGAGAGAGAGAGAGAGAGAGAUUAAAAGAAGCAGAAAGAAAGAGAGAGAGAGAGACAGAGACUAGGCCUGGAGGAAUGGAGGGGAUCUAAAUAUUAUGGUCUGUCUCUUUUUUAAGAUGGAGUGGGUUGGUGCACCACCUGGGGUUUGCUAUGUCUGUAUUUUUUGGGGAGGAGGAAGUUGGCGUGGGUGGAGGCUUUGGUGGCAUUUGCUUACAAUCUGAAUUUUUUGCAGAGUGUUGUCUAGUCUGGGCAUUACGGUCUGUUUUAUAUUGAGGGGGAUGUCUCAUCUGUAUAUUACGGUCUUUUUUUUGAGGGGUGCCUGUAAUGUAGGCGUUACAGUGUUUUUUUGAUAUUGGGGAGGUGUCUGAUCUGGAUGUUACGGUCUCUUUUCUGAGGAGUGCCUGCAAUUUAGGCAUUACGGUUCUUUCUUUAUUGCAGGAGGUGCUUGAUCUGUAUAUUACGGUCUGUGUUUUUUCAGGGAUGUCUAAUCUGGGCAUUACGGUCUGUUUUUCAUUGAGGGAGGUGUCUGAUCUGAAUAUUACGGUCUUUUUUUUUGAGGGACGCCUGUAAUCUGGGCAUUACAGUUUUUUUUAUUGGGGAGGUGGCUGAUCUGAAUAUUUCAGUCUGUUUUUCGAGCGCGUCUGUAAUCUGAACAUCAUGGUCUGGUUUUUUAUUGAAGGGAGUGUCCGGUCUGGACAUUACGGCCUUUUUUUCGAGGGGCCCCUGUAAUAUGAGCAUUACAGUCCUUUUUUUAUUGAAGUUGGGGUGGGUGGUGGCUGGUCUAGAUAUUACAGUCUCUUUUCUUUGAGGGACGCCUGUAAUCCGGAUGUUACAGCCUGUUUUUUCCAAGGGGCGUCUGUAUUCUAGAUGUUACAGUCUGUUUUUGAAGGGGUGUAUCUCAUAUGGAUAUUACUUCUUGAGUUGGGGGUGUCUGAUCUAGAGGUUAUAGUCUGUUUUCGAGGGAUGCCUAUAAAUCUAGAUAUUAUGAUUUUUCUUCGAGAAAGGUGUAUGAUCUGGAUAUUAUCCUCCUUUGAGGGUUAUGUGUAAUCUGGACAUUACUGUCUCUUUCUCAAGGAGGGUUUCGGUAUUGUGGAUAUUACGGUUUGGUUUGAGGAAGGGGUCUUGGUCUCGACAUUACAGUCUGUUUUUGAGGGGUGUGCCUGAUCUGGACAUGAGGGGUUUGUGGAGGUGUAAGUAAUCUGAAAAUUCCUGUGUCUUUACUUAGGAGCAGUGCAUCUCUGGAGAUUACGGUGUCUUUUUUUUUGGACCUGAGCGCCCCGACCCAUGGAGGAAGAGGACGGGCAGAAGGGCGUCGCGGGACCGCGCCCAGCCAGGAGGAUGCUGCCUCCGGGCAUCCGGGCGGUGCUGCGUCCGCCGUCAGGCAGGGGUGGAGCGCGGAGGCGGUGCCGGCCUGGGCAGAGGGGCUUCAUCUGCUCGGACUGCGGCAAGACCUUUGAGCACUCGUGCCACUUCGAGCGUCACCUGCGGGUUCACACGGGUGAGCGGCCAUUCAAGUGCCCAACCUGCGACAAGGACUUCAACCACAAGUCGAACCUGGUGCGGCACGAGCGCACCCACACGGGCGAGAAGCCCUUCCGGUGCCAGACCUGUGGCAAGGAGUUUAGCCAGCCGUCCAACCUGGUCAAGCACCAGCUGACCCACACGGGUGAGAAGCCGUUCCGGUGCCAGACCUGCGGCCGCGACUUUAGUCGCCUGUCCAACCUGGCCACCCACCAGCGCACGCACACCGGGGAGAAGCCCUUCCGCUGCGCCGUCUGCCUCAAGGACUUCAGCCAAUCGUCUAUCCUACGUCGCCACCAGCGCACUCACACCCGGGAGAAGAAAUACCGCCGCUGCGUCGUGUACGGGGCCGGACCUCGCGGUGGCUGCCACCUCUUGCUACACGACGCCAGUGCCUUGGGAGUGGAACACCUCCAGCUGCGCGGAGGGGUGGAGGAGGAGGAGGAGGAGGAGGAAGAGGAGGAGGAGGAGGAGGAGAUGGGGGGCGAGCAACAGGUCCGGGACGGUGAUCUGGAGCGAGCAGAGCUCUUCAUCUGCUCCGACUGCGGGAUGAGCUUCAAGACCAUGCUGAAGCUGAAGUGCCACGAGCAAGAACAUGAGGAGCAGCAGCGCCCGCACCAGGAGGAGGAGGGAGCCCCUCCCGGUACUGACCGUUAGACACCCACUCGACUCCCCAUCCCCUCUGUCUCCCAAUAACCCUCCCCACCCAUGGCGCACACACGUGUGCACACACAGACACACAUAUGCACAUGCAUGCACACACACAGACACACAUACACAUGCACACACACACUCACACACGCAACAUGCAAACA